AGGCUUGUAACUAGUUCAUCUGGGCUUUUAUCCAGUGAAGUCUAGGGGCGGCCAAGCGGAAAAACCUCUGAUACCUAGGAGGAAAGUCCCAGCUGAUCUUAAGGGGAGGGGGAGAUACUUAGAGACCUUGCAUAGAACAACGAUAGUUAACAAUAUAAACGCAUCUCUCAGUUGAUUACUUAUACUGAGUAAAUACCUCUCCCUCCCCACCCCAGCAUUUUUAUCUGCAGCUUCCAAUCUCUGAUGCUAAAGUUUCAGAUCGCUUAGAACCAUGGGGAAUGGGAUGAACAAGAUACUUCCUGGCUUGUUCCUUGGAAAUUUUAAAGAUGCGCGUGACACAGAACAACUGAAACGGAAUAACAUAACGCACAUCCUUUCAAUCCAUGACAGCGCUCGGCCCAUGCUCGAGGGAAUGAAAUAUCUCUGCAUCCCUGCUGCAGAUUCGCCCUCUCAGAAUUUGGCCAGGCACUUCAAAGAAAGCAUUGAAUUUAUCCAUGAGUGCCGGCUUAGAGGUGAGAGCUGUCUUGUUCACUGCCUUGCUGGAGUUUCCAGGAGUGCAACUUUGGUUGUGGCCUAUGUAAUGACAAUCACUGCAUUUGGCUGGGAGGAUGCACUCUCUGUGGUGCGAGCAUCGCGAUCAUGUGCCAAUCCGAAUGCAGGCUUCCAGCGGCAGCUAGAAGAGUUUGAGAAAAAUGAUGUUGCUCAUUUCAGAGAGUGGCUUAGAGCAACAUAUGGAGAAAGCCCUUUGCAAGAUGAACAAGAAGCCCAAAAUCUUCUGCAGAAGUACAAAGCACAUGCAGCAGCUCAGUCGAGUGCUUCAGGAAGGCAGUGGGAUGAUAACUUUACUUCUGUUGCCUCCCUGUCAAUGUCUGCUCCGCCAUAAGGAUGCACAAUGUGGUGUUCCUUUGAUGAACACAAGAAUAUAUAACUUUAUAGUGGCUGCAUUCAGACUUCGUACCAUAUCAUGACUGGGAUGUGUCUUGAGGAGCUUAUGCUUCCUGUGUUCCUACCCUCCCUGCUGGCAGAGCCAUGAAAGAUCAAUCAAGUAUAGUGCCACGACUGAUUCCUAAAGUGUGGUUAAUCCUAACUAUGCUUUGUUUGAACCAAUCCAGCUUCACAAUUCAUGGUUUGAAGCUGGAUUAUUUCAGACAAACUAUGGGCAAGGUUGACCACAGUUUGAGUUGAUAUAACAAGCCAUGGUUAAUAAGAGAUGGAAGUGGAAGCUUCUGUACUCCUUGUGGCUAUGCUGGAGAUGGGAACAUGUUACCCAAAGACUCAUGUAAGCUAUUUCCCAUCACAAUAAGCCUUAGCUUACUGUGAUGUCCUAAUGCAGCCACUGAUUCAGCAGUGCAACUUGCUUUUACCUCCUGCGCAUGCACUAAGAGAACAUGUUUUGUCUUGUAAUGGCUCCAUACGGGAAUGCCUUGAUUCUCUUAGUAAGCAUGUCUCUCAGGAUUUGAGGAGCAGGACACCAGACUUCUGAACCUAGUGUCAUACUCACAGUUACCCAGGCUUUUCUGUGGAGGUACCAAGACCUGCAUUCUCUUCCAAUUGGUGUGUGAAAAGCAUGCCACUUUCUGACUGUUGAGAUGCCAAAUUAUUUUCUACAUAUGCCUGGUCCUCAGGCUGACCACUUAGCCAGGGUUUGGCACAGCUGCACUUUUCAAAAUUUCUGAUUUUCAGGGGUGGAGUGGGUGGGCGGGCAGGUGGGUGGGUGGGCAUUCAGUUCUGUAUAGAAGGGGAAUGUGCACACCAAACAGAAAAAACUUGCAUUGAGUGGAGCUCUGGUUUCACUGCAGCUAAUCAUGUAUCCAAAGAGGCAAGCUACUGAGCAAUGUAAAAAGAAAUUUCUCUCUUCAGCAGUAGAAAAACUGUACUUCUCACAUGUAUGCUCUUCUUUAAAUGACUUUUUAAAAACUUUGUUCUUGGAAAGUAUGGCUACCAUAGUUCUGUAUCUUAUUCAAGAGUAGACCACAAGUAUUACAGAUAACUCUAUCAGUAUUUAUUGUACUGGCUUUCAUUUCAGAGAUGUUGCUCAGUCAGAUUAUUUUUAUGGGUGUGAAAUAGAGGGAUAACAAGUGUAUCAUAGAGGUAUGUAUUUAAUGACUAAAAUAGUGUUAUAAUGGAUUUUGUGCUAUAAUGUUAAAAAAGUUACUUUUGCACUACUACUGGGGAAAAAUGUUUUCUUGUAUGCUAAUCAUCUUGAUGAUAUUUCACCUUUGAUUGGCUUCCCCAGUGGAAUAAAUUCAAUCAAAAUUUCAGGUCUUUUUUAUAAAUAAAAAGUACACUGUUUAUGUUGUUGCAUUUGCUGAUUAAAAUAGAUGUG